AUGAGUGAACCAACUAAUGAUGAUGAUGAAAAGGUGAAGUGGCUGAAAGAGGAGUUGGGAUUCCAUCACGCAUUUAACUACAAGACGAAUGACGUCACAGAGGCGCUGAAGCAAGCGGCACCUGACGGCGCCGACGUGUACUUCGACAACGUGGGCGGCGAGCUGAGCAGCGCAGUCAUCAACAGCAUGCGAGAGUGGGGCCACAUCUCCGUGUGCGGCUCGAUAUCUGGAUACAACGAAUCUAACCUCCCGAAGGCUACCAUCAUCCAGCCCGCAGCCAUAUUCAAGCAGCUCCGCAUGGAGGGGUUCCUGUAUUCACGGUGGCACAACCGCUGGGAAGAGGGCAUUACCCAGCUGACGCAGUGGGUCCGAGAGGGAAAAAUCAAAUACCGUGAGACUGUAACAGAAGGGUUUCAAAACACCCCCAAAGCCUUCGCCGGUAUGCUGCAGGGUGGCAACUUGGGGAAGGCUGUUGUUAAAGUGUGA